AUUCGUUGGUUGAAACCAAAUAGAGGAUUGAAGUUAAAUAUAGAUGCAGCAUACAUACCGGAUUCGGCCUUAGGUGGGGCGAUUUUGAGGAAUCAAAGAGGAGAGCUGAUGUGUGCCUUUGCUUUUCCGAUUUCUGCUUCUUCGUCUUCGGAAGCGGAGCUGAUUGCAGCGAUGAGGGCUACGCGAUGGGUGAUAAGUGAAGGUCACCGUGAUUUUCAGGUAGAGAUUGAUGUUGAAAUUGCUCUUAGCUUUCUUUCAGGUGGAAUCAAUGUUGCUAGGUCUGAAGAUAUUAUCGAGUUCAAGCAGCUGUGUUUUAGGAAAGGGGUUAGCUUCACACAUAUUUUCAGGGAAAGAAAUAGACCAGCCCAUUAUCUAGCGGCUUUGCAUCCGGCCCGUUUAUGUCUUGGACUUCUGUUGACUUGCUGCUCGGUCCAGUCGUAUCGAAUUUAAUUUUGAUUUGUUUAAUAUUCCAUAUAUUAGAUGACUUGUUUAGUGUUUUUUUAUCAAUUGGGUUAGGUUUGACCCCCAAUUGCGGUUAUUUUCUUUUUUGCUGUGAUGUAUUUUCGAGAGGUAUGCCUCCAUCAGAAAUGUUUUGGUUUGGUCCCCCUUUCCACUUUACUUUUAUAUGAUUAUUAAUUAAAUCUGAUAAAUGUUCC